AUGGUUUUUGGCAAAUGUGCUAGAGAGAAUGCCAUACAAUCUUCUACUGCAUUGAUUAUGCAUGAUAAUUAUGCUGCUGCAAAACAAUGGACCUGGAUGCCUGUUGAAACAAUUUUAUGGAACAUGUUAUUCGGAAAGAUUAAAGUGGAGGACAAGAUGACGAAAUUCAUGAGAAGCGCUUUAAUGCGAAGUCUUACAAAAAUUGAAAGAGAGCUACAAAUCAUCCAGAAGAAAAAACAUGAAUAUGGCCGGUCCAAUAGCACCAGAAUUAAAGCCAAAUUCAAUCCAUCUGAAAGCUCGCUUUUCGAAAUCGUUGACUUCUACAAGGAAAAGAUGCCAUCAAUGGAAUCCGGAUUUGUGCUGGCUACAUUCAUCUCAACAGAAAAGUUUUAG